GAGAUAAACCAACGGGGUAACUCCCAAUUUACCAGAGUCCACGAGGCCAGAGUUUCUCAGCGUAAGCGGAUAUUCCUUUUUCUUUUCUUUUCUUUUCCAGCAGCAAAAAGAAGACCGAUUUGAGAUUCCUCCCGACGAUCCGCACCGAGCGUGUUCUCACCAGAUGCGUCAUCCUACCGUAUCUGCCGGUCACUGUCACGUAAAAGCCUAUAAAGAAGGGGAGGAAGAGCGCCCGGCUUAACUCCUCGAAAGUUUGAGGGGACUCCUGAGUCCUGUGUUGGGAGAAACAAGUAGGAAGCCUGUGCUUUUUACUUGUUGAUUGGUUGUUGAGAAGAAAAUGGCAGGCGCACAAUGCUGUGAAAACCCACCUUCACUCAAUCCGAGCUGUGGUGAGGGCUCCGUGGAGUGCCUGGUCGGAAGCAUCAAAGCCUAUGUUACUGGUUCUGUAAGCUCCAAAAAGGCUGUCAUCUUGGCUUCCGAUGUCUUUGGAUUUGAGGCACCCAACCUGAGGAAGCUUGCUGACAAAGUUGCUGCAAGUGGAUUUUUUGUGGUGGUUCCUGACUACUUCUAUGGAGAUCCUUAUGUUCCAGAAAAGUGUGCUAUUCCUGAAUGGGUGAAGAUUCAUGGUCCAGACAAAGGAUUUGAAGACACCAUGCCUCUGAUUGCAGAUUUAAGAAGUAAGGGAAUAUCAGCUAUUGGGGCUGCAGGUUUCUGCUGGGGUGCAAAGGUGGUCGCAGAAUUGACCAAGACUGAUGAGAUCCAAGCUGCAGUCAUGCUGCAUCCUUCACUUGUUACUGUAGAUGAUAUCAAGGAUGUUAAAGUUCCUAUUGCGAUCCUGGCAGCGGAAACUGACCAUAUAUCACCACCUGAACUGAUUAAACAGUUUGAGGAGAUUCUAUCUUCAAAGAGUGAGGUGAAUAGUUUUGUGAAGAUAUUCCUCGGCGUUGCACAUGGCUGGACAGUGAGAUACAAAACUGAUGAUGACGCUGCUGUGAAGAGGGCAGAAGAAGCACAUAGUCACAUGAUUGAAUGGUUCACUAAAUAUGUGAGCUAAGUCCGUGACACUGUUCAACGGACAAGCAUGAGAGUAGGAGCUAGCUGAAGCAAAAACAUGUGUGCGGCUCUUCAUGCUGUUAUGUUCUAUGAAUUUUGUGGUUUGUUUUGUUGAACUGAAUUACUUGAAGGAAGUAAGCUUCUGCCUUGAACAAUAUUACUUUACAAGGUUAUCUUCAGGUAA